CUAAAACUGAGUCCUUUCCCUCUUCCCCACAAAGAAAGCAAAGCACCAUCCAUCCCAAAGCAAAAACCACACUCCAUUACCUGUCGUUUUGGUCUCUCUUUCUCUCUCUCUAUUUAGUGUGUGUGUGUUUGUUUGGCCUUGUUUAUCAACCAAAUCUAGAGCAGCCCAUUUCGUUGUUCUUCCAUUUUAAGCAAAAUUUCAUACGUCCCCUAUUCUCUUUUCACCCUUAAACUUCAAUGCUUUUGUGGCUACUCUUAAUUCCCUUCUAACUAACUAUACCCAUUUUCCCUUUUUCUUUUUCUUUUUUCCUUUUCUUCUUUUUUCUCUCUAUAUAUAUACGCUCCAAUACUCGCUUCAUGUCUUCACACCCUUUUCCACACUGACACUACUCGACUCACCCUUUCUAACCAGGCCUUUACUUGUGAUUCCAUUAUGGCUGGAGAAACAGCAUGGAUCAGCCACUAUGAUGAUGACACCAGAAAGGAGUCGAAGGACAUUGAUUUGUUCUUGGAACCGGGCGAGGAAGUUGAUAAAGAUGGGGCCAUUGUUUCGCUGGACAUGAUUAUGCCUGAUGAGUUAUUGGAACGUAUCCUUGCCUAUCUCCCCGUUGCAAGCAUUUUCCGAGCAAGUGCUGUGUGUAAAAGAUGGUAUGAGAUUGUUACUUCUGAAAGGUUUUUAUGGAACCCUUCCAAUUCGCCACCACAGAAGCCGUGGUACUUUAUGUUUACAAGCUCCGAUGAACCAACUGGUUGUGCUUAUGAUCCGAACUUUCGGAAAUGGUAUUGCAUUGUACGCCCCUUCAUUGGAACUGCUAAUUGGUUCGUUUCUUCUUCAUAUGGCUUAGUUUGCUUCAUGGAUAAUGACAGCCGAAGCGAGUUAUGCAUGUGUAAUCCUAUUACCAAAAGCUGCAGGAAGCUUCAGGAGCCUCCAGGGUUGAGAUUUUCCGAUUAUGGCGCAUUAGCAAUGUCAGUGGACAGGGAAUCCCAUGGUUACACUGUGGCAAUUGUGAAAUCAAAGCAAGUUCCGGAUAACUUUUUCCAGUGGGAUAUCUCGAUUCAUAUAUACAAAUCAGACAAGGAGACAUGGAUGACGCCACUAACCGAGGUUCUGAUGGGGUGGAGAGGUGGUGAUGAGAGUGUGAUAUGCAACGGUGUGCUGUAUUUUCUAGUUUACUCUACUGGUGGCGUUCCACCCGAAAACCGUCACGCGUUAGUUUCAUACAAUAUCUCCGGCCGAUCUUCUCAAGUUAGCUUGAGAAGGAGCUUUAUUAAUGUACCUUGUUCUCUAACAUGUGGCCGUCUAAUGAAUAUGAAGGAUAAGCUUGUAAUGGUGGGGGGAAUAGGCAAACACGAACGACCGGACAUAAUCAAAGGGAUUGGUAUCUGGGUUCUUCAUGAUCGAAAGUUGGAAGAAAUUGUUCGAAUGCCGCACAAAUACUUCCAAGGUUUUGGAGAGUUUGAUGAUGUUUUCGCUAGCCGUGGCAUAGAUGAUCUUAUAUAUAUUCAAAGUUAUGGAUCUCCAGCACUUCUCACAUUCGACAUGAAAGUUAAACAAUGGAAAUGGGCGCAGAAAUGCCCGGUAAUGAAGAGGUUUCCUCUACAGCUUUUCACUGGUUUUUGCUUUGAGCCUAGGCUUGAUAUUUCUCCAUAGUUUGUUCUCUCAUAGAAAUCUACCUAUUGACAAUUGUGCCAUGUUUUUGGCUAUUUAUUACUCCAUUGUUCUUAAGUUUAAAUUUAAUAUAAUUUAUCUGUUUCAUGUUUCAACAGUUUAUACAAAGUGUACUUGCUGAUUAAAGAUUGUUAUUGUGGGAUACUAUAACAUCUGAAAUUACAACUAUAGCUACAUAUAUUAUA